UCUCUCUAUUUUAGAGCACAUUUAACAGAAGAUGAUCUAAUAAAUGUUCCCUCUGUAGAAGAAAUAAGAGAUGUCAUCAAGAUGACUUCCAAGAGAGUCAUAAGAGACAAUUCAAGCUCACGAGCAAAAGACAUUUGCAGGCAGCAUAAUGAACAGUUGACUGUAUAUUGCAACACGUGUGAUAUAUGCAUCUGUGCUAGCUGUGCUUUGUGGGGAAAGCACAGACAAGAAGACCAUGAUAUUAAGCCACUUGAUGAGCUUCACAAGAAACACAAAGACGUCUUUACGACUGAACUCAAAAAGCUUAAGACCAGAAUGAGUGAGAUCAUUAGUCUAGUUGAGCAAGUUGAUUUGAAGAUUGAGAAGGUGAAAACUGAGAAAGGGAAAACGAAACAAGAGAUUGAAACAACUCUUGGUGCCAUUGACGUGAGACUGGACGAACAAAUGAAGCUAAAGCUACAAAAACUAAUAGAGGCAAAGCGUCGCUUAAAACAAGAAGUUCAUGACAUCAGCAGUUUAUCAGCCGAACUGGAGACAAGACUAAAAGGCUCAAAAUCUGAGUUCAUUCAACAGGAGAAAGUCCUAAGGGAGAGAAUGAUGGCAAAGAUACAAAAACUUCAAGAAAGUCAGUGCAACGAUUUGGAGAGAGUUUUAGAAAUCGGAAACUUUGUAAAUGAAGUAGUUCCUCAAGGAGAAGAAUCAACUUUUGAGAUUAAGAACUUCAAGGAGAAGCAGCGGAGUGGAGCUGAGAUCUUUAGUCCUUUGCUCUCAUUCUCUGGAUUGGCAUGGAGACUGAAAGUCUAUCCAAAUGGUCACGGAGCUUUUACCGGUCGCUACUUGUGUACUUUUAUAGAACUUUAUGGAGGCUACAGUCAACCAGCCACUUAUCAUUACUCAGUUGAGCUCGUUAGAAUGAGUGGGCGUGGUGGCAACAAAAACUUCAAGCGUGAAUACAGCUCUGAUUUCGUUGUCGGCGACUUGUGGGGCUACAAGAAGUUUUAUGAUCUCUCGAAACUAGAGAGUGAAGGUUAUCUGGUUCAUGACACUCUUGUGUUAAAGUUUAGCAUAAACCAUCCAACCUAUUUCGACAAAUGCAGAGAUUUAAUGCUUCAUGUUAAUGAUUUAAAGCACAAGAUAAUGUCACUAAAGCACCAAAACAACCAGUUACGCCAGAAAUGCCAAGGGAUCAAAGACGUUGAUGAUGAUGACCCUCCUCCCAAACCUCAAGCAUCAACAAGUUCGAGUCUCUCCAAUUCCUCUCCUGCUCACUCCUCUAUCAAGAGCGGUACUGGAGGAGGUACUCAGACCUCACCCGCCCACUCAUCAUCAGUCGGAAUGGGAGGGGUCACUCAAACAUCCCCCGCCCACUCAUCUCACGACAGGAGUUCAUCAGGGAGCAUGGCCGGUCCUCAUUUCUCACAACCUAUACAUCAUUUCAAAGAGAGCUCCAGACAGUCUUACCAUCCCAUGACUCCACACGCGACACUCAUCACACCUCUAGCCUCAUCAAGUGGCUCUACCUCAACCCAAUGGACCAACCCUCCCCCUCCUCCAAACCACUAUAACUCAUUCACUCAACAGCAGUUCAUGUAUCCUCCUACUCAGGAGGGGCGUGGCUUCAAUCCUCAUGCCACGCCCCAUCACAAUUCAUCAAGACGUCAGUCGUUGGAUCCUAAAAUGCUCCGACUGAUAGAGCAACAGAAAUGGAACACUUUCGCCCAGUCCCAGAUGGAUUACCCCACUAAUAGUUUUUUGGGUCACCACGGCUUUAAGGAGACUCCUAUUCCGGAGGCUGGAGGGUACAUGAGGCCCAUGGGCGGGUCUAAAACUCAGCUUCACUCCGGGUCUAUGCCUAGGCUCAAUUUUCAAGACCUCUCCCAGGGGUCCAGAGAAGGGGAAGAGGAAGGAGAGACGGGUCGACUUGGUAUCGGUGAUUAUAACGCUGAUCUUGAUCCUCAUUCCAUGCCUGGCGUCCUUGGAGGAGGUGGGGGUGGGUCGCAGAUGGGGUCUAUGAUGCAUCCCGGCCUCGCAAGUCAGGAGUAUUUUGACCACGCCCCCCACAUGCCAUUCCUACCUGACAUGUAUCAAAUGUCACAGCCCGAUCUACUCCUGUAUCAUCAGCGCUGUGCUUACCCACCCUCCUCCUCUAGGGGCGUGGUCAAGCAACAAGCGACACCCAAUCAAAUGUCAAAGAUGGAAAAGCACAUGUCUUUGACUGAUGUCUCGUCCCUCGUAGACUCCUCCCCGGCUCAUUCACGAUCCAUAGCAACACUUCACGAGGGGGCGGAGUCUUCUUGGGGUGCUGGUCUCCGCCCUAUGAAGCCGUAUCAGCGCUCCCAAACAACCCUCCCUGUUACCGACCUCCCUCCUAAUCAACACGGCCCUCCUGGACUCGCCUCAACCUUAGCUGCUAGACUCGCCUCUCCCAUUAACCAAUCUCCGUCGCCUUCUCGUCCGACCAGUGCGAGGAGGAUUUCGCAGCAUAGCCGACAGCCAAGACACCCCCGACCGUUGAGUGGGGUAGGUCCUGUCCAAGUGGUUCAGCCUGAGGGAGGUAGAGAGAGGAGGGGGCAGCAGCAACGUAAGGAAAUGGAGCAUCAGUUGAGGGGAAGAGAGGAGGAGGGGAGAAGGGAGAUGGACAGGGAGAGAAAGACUGAUGGAGUCUCAUCAUCGCCUCCUCUGGCAUCUGUAUCACUUUCUCAGAGUUCACCGGAAUCAGUAACGUCACAGUUAACACAAUCUGAUUCAAGCCAUCAGCACCAGCCUACCUCUAAAUUACGCUCUUCUAGAAGGUACACGCAGAAGAUAAAAACCAACAAUGGUGCCAGUACCAGUGACACUCCCACACUCUCCCUCACCCUCACCGACCAACCGCCAUCAACUAAAGAGACAGGGGGACAGCAGAGACAGGAGCAAGAGAGUACCUCAACUGGUGGAUUCAGUCGUAUCAGCGUGGGACAGAGAACAAGCAGUAAUACCAGUCUUGCUGCCGAAAUAAUUUAACAUAAAUCAAACUCUCUCCCUCAACAAUUAUCAGCUUAUUUUUAUUAUUUUUUUACGACUGUAACUGUUAAAUAAAUGUACAAUACUAACUAUAUAAAAACUGAUCAAUGGACUACAAUCAAGAGGAAUGACAUUAUAACGAACGGGUUUUCUUAAUUUUUAACUUAAUCAAAUAAAAAUAUUAUGUGCAGUCCAAUUUUGAGUUUUAUUAUUAUUUCUCUUAUUUUUGCUUGCAUGUUGUUGUCUGUCCCUCUUUGACUAUCGAUCAUUUUUAACCCCUGUUUGUUUUCAUGUCAUUAAAUUUGUAUUAUCAUCAUUAUUUCUAAUACUCUAUUUUAUCUUCAUAAUUAUGACUAUAAUGAAA